AUGUAUGCCUCAAAAUUAGAUUUAAAUUCAUUAUUUAAUUUAUUACAUCAACAACAAUAUCAUCCAUUUUACUAUCAACAACAACAACGACAGAAACAAGUUAAACCUAGAGUUAUUAAAAAAUUAGAAACCGAAGAUGAAUUUCAAAUUCAAAUUUUUAAACCCUAUGGAAAUUAUCAAAAUUAUGAAGUUAAAAUUGUAAAAGAUGAUCAAUUUAAUACUAAUCAAUUAAUCAAGAUUGUUAUUUCAUCAAUUAAAGAUAAUUUUAAAGUUGAUUUCCAAUUUAAUUUUAAUUAUAUUGAUAUUGAUAAUAUUAAUUGGCAAUGGUUUAAAUCUGAAAAUAUAUUAUGUUUAAAUAUUCCAAAGAGAAUUCAUUAUGUUCAUAAUAAUUUAAAUGAUAUUUUAAAUUGUUUAAUUGAUCAUGGUCACUUAGUAAAUGGUAAAAUUGAAGAAAAACAUGAGGAAGAAUCAUUGGAAGAUCAUGAAAAGUUAUUAGAGGAUGCUGCCCAAGCUAUUAAAACUAAAGAUGAUAAUGAUAAUGACAGUGAUAAUGAAAAAACAGUUAAGGAACAAGUCAAACAAGAUAAAUUAGCUAAAGAACAAGCUGAAGCUCAAAAAUUACAACAACAAAGAAUUGAAUUGGAAAAACAACAACAAGAAAAAUUGAGACAAGUUAAAUUAGAACAGGAAAGGUUAGCUAAAGAAAAAGCACAAAGGGAAGAAUUAGAAAAGGAAAAACAAAGAUUAGCUAAAGAAAAAGCACAAAGGGAAGAAUUAGAAAAGGAAAAACAAAGAUUAGCUGAAGAAAAAGCACAAAGGGAAGAAUUAGAAAAGGAGAAACAAAGAUUAGCUGAAAAGGAAUAUCAAGAUAAAUUGAAACAAAUUGAAGAAUUAAAACAACAAGAAUUGGCUAAAAUUGAAGAAUCAAAAAGACAAUUGGAAUUAUUAGAACAAAAAUUGAAAAGAAUUGAGAAACCAAAAUCAACAGAAUCAAAUCAAGAGAAACCAAUUGAAACAAAACAAGAGAAACCAAUUGAAACAAAACAAGAAAAACCAGCUAAAGUUUCAAAACCAAAAGAUUCAAAAGUAGAAAAAUCAGUUGAAGCUAAACCAUCUGAAUCAAAACCAGUUGAACAAGUUUCCAAAUCCAACAAAGUUAAAUCUCAAAAUAAAUCAAAAUCAUCCAAAAUUGAUCAAUCUGAAUUUGAAGAAUAUUUAAAACAACAACAAGAUUUUUUCAAUCAAUUUUUCAAUUUUAAUUCAAUUUUUGAAAUAUCACCAAAUGGAAAUAUAUUAUUAAAUCCAAUUUCAAAACCAUCACAUAAAGAUGAUUCUCAAGAAUCAAUUGAAUCAGAUGAUGAACCAACAACACCAAAAGAAACUACAUCAGAUAAGAAUAAUCUUACAAAACAUCCAUCAUUAGAAGAAGUAGAAGAUGAAGAAUCUAUAAUGUAUAGAAAGAAAUUUGGUCAUUGA